AUGGCGGCAGCACUGGASGGCGGACGAGGUSAGGUCGAGUUUCUUAAUUUCAGGUGGGACGAGGGCAGCCUGCGUGGAGAUCUGGUCACAGUGGUGGGGUACAGGGACUUGGGCAUCCGGUUGUCCCCAGCUGAGAGGAACUAUGAUGUGGGAGAUCACAAACUCCUCGCGAUAAAACUGGCCCUGGAGGAAUGGCGGCACUGGCUAGAGGGCGCUCAACACCCGUCAAAUGGACAGACGGAACGCAUGAACCAGGAGCUGGAGUCAACCCUCAGAUGCCUCACCUCGACCACCUCGACUGGAGCCAAUUUCUCCCCUGGGUCGAGUUAUGAACCCCCACUCUUCCCCUCGGAUGAGAAGGAGAUAUCCGUUACUUCUGUAAAGCACCACAUCCGCCGCUGUAAAACCAUUUGGGGUAACACGGUUGCAGGCCUGAAUCGAACCGUGGAACAAAACCGCCAGUUUGCUGACCGUAAAAGACGGCCAGCUCCCCACUACACACCUACACACAACAGMGUUCCGAGAUUGCCUGUGCGCCUAGCAGUGGAAUUCCCCACUUACCUGUCCGCCCUCCGACGCCGCCUCUCCAGCCGUCCACUUUCUUCCUUCAAGCCCUGGACUCCCCAGAUGCCCUUUUCCCCCUCCCGGCUCGAACYCGCUCCAAACCACGCUCUGGAGUUUGUGAGAGCCUCCCUGACCAAGGUGGAUGACACAGAGUUCAUCUGUCCUGAUGGGUCUUAUGCGCUGCAGGACGACAACCCUCUUGCCAUCGCAGGAGUCAUCGGAGGAUCCUAUAGCAGUGUUUCCAUACAGGUUGCCAAUCUUCUCAGGCUCUUUCAGAUCCCUCAGAUAAGCUAUGCUUCAACGAGUGCCAAGCUCAGCGACAAGACCCGCUAUGAUUACUUUGCCCGCACUGUACCGCCAGACUUCUACCAGGCCAAAGCCAUGGCAGAGAUCCUCCGCUUCUUUAACUGGACAUACGUGUCCACUGUGGCGUCAGAGGGAGAUUACGGUGAAACUGGGAUAGAGGCCUUCGAACAGGAAGCACGAAUGAGGAACAUCUGCAUUGCCACUUCAGAGAAGGUGGGACGUUCGAAUGCUAAGAAGUCUUACGAGGCCGUAAUCCGUCAACUCUUCCAGAAGCCAAACGCCCACGUGGCCGUCCUUUUCCUGCGCAGUGAUGAUGCCAGAGAGCUGAUUGCAGCUGCCGCCAGGCUUAACACCUCUUUCAUUUGGGUGGCUAGUGAUGGCUGGGGCGCACAGGAGAGCAUUGUCAAGGGAAAUGAAAUAACUGCUGAAGGAGCUAUCACACUUGAACUAGCGGCAAACCCCAUACCAGAUUUCAACCGCUACUUCCUGAGUCUGGACCCUGUCAAAAACCACCGGAAUCCCUGGUUCAGGGACUUCUGGGAACAGCGGUUCCAGUGCUCCUUGGGAGCUGGAGGCUUAGGCUUCGGGGGAACACCUCUUCCGCCGUGCGACAAAAACUUGUCGAUGGACCAGAGGUAUUUCGAGCCAGAGUCCAAGAUCAUGUUUGUGGUGAAUGCAGUGUACGCCAUGGCCMAUGCCCUCCACAACAUGCAGCGGAGCCUGUGCUUGAACACCACCAAGCUGUGCGACAGCAUGAAGGCCCUGGAUGGGCGCAGACUCUACAGGGAUUACAUUCUUAAUGUCAGCUUCACAGCCCCUUUAUCCCCUCCAGGUAGUGAGACGGUAGUGAAGUUUGAUUCCCAGGGGGACGGCAUGGGCAGAUACAACAUCUUCAGCUACCAGCGUUCUGGUGAACGUUACGGUUACGUGCCAGUAGGUGAGUGGGCAGAGAGUCUGAGUCUGAACAACGAUCUGAUUCGUUGGCCCAAAGAGGUGCUCCCAACGUCACAGUGCAGCGACCCCUGUGAGCGAAACGAAAUGAAGAAAAUGCAGGCAGGUGAGUACUGCUGCUGGAUCUGUACGGCGUGUGAGCCUCACGAAUACCUGGCUGAUGAGUUCACCUGUUCGCCUUGCGCUCCUGGCCAGUGGCCAACUGAUGACCUCACAUCCUGUUACGAUCUUCCUGAGGACUACAUUAUGUGGGAAGAUGCUUGGGCCAUUGGUCCUAUUACCAUUGCAUGUGUUGGCUUUGUGUGCACUGGCUUGGUGGUUUGGGUGUUCGUCAGACAUAACAACACACCAUUGGUGAAAGCAUCAGGCAGAGAGCUCUGCUACAUUCUCCUCUCCGGAGUCUUUAUGUGCUAUGCCAUGACUUUCCUCUUUUUGGCCAAACCCUCUCCGGCCAUAUGUGCCCUGCGGCGCCUCGGCCUGGGCACGUCRUUUGCUGUGUGCUAUUCUGCCCUGCUGACCAAAACCAACAGAAUCGCCAGAAUUUUCAAUGGCGUGAAAGACGGCGCGGGCGCAGUGAGGCCGCGCUUCAUUAGCCCAUCCUCUCAAGUAUUUAUCUGCCUCAGUCUGAUCUCUGUCCAGCUAGUCAUGGUCUCAGUGUGGCUGCUGCUGGAGGUUCCUGGGACUCGGCGCUUUACGUUACCGGAACGACGACAGACUGUCAUCCUCAAGUGUAAUGUGCGAGACUCCAGCAUGCUGCUGUCGCUGGGAUACGAUGUGCUCCUGGUCAUCUUGUGUACUGUGUAUGCCUUCAAGACCAGGAAGUGCCCUGAGAACUUCAAUGAGGCCAAGUUUAUUGGAUUCACCAUGUAUACGACAUGUAUAAUUUGGCUGGCCUUUCUUCCCAUCUUCUAUGUCACAUCCAGUGACUACAGGGUUCAAACCACGACCAUGUGUAUCUCUGUCAGUUUAAGCGGCUUUGUAGUCCUGGGUUGUAUGUUUGCGCCCAAGGUCAACAUCAUCAUGUUUCAGCCCCAGAAGAAUGUGACCAGCCAUCAUCUUAACCUCAACCGCUUCAGUGUCAGCGGGGCUGCCACUACGUACGCAUCUCAUGCUUCUGUCAGCGCCCACUUCGUCCCAACAGUGUGCAAUGGGAGAGAAAUAGUUGACUCGACCACUUCCUCUCUGUGACAGCAUCCAGUCCGCUCUCUAAACCCGCCCCUGCGACUGUUAGCCAAAUAACAAACAUUUUUCACCACGACUCUGUUUUACCCUCCCCCCCCCUUUUACACACAAGCACUCUUUUACACACACACACGCACAAACAAACACAACCACACAUACUGAAUACAAGCAAACGCCUUCCUUGUGGACUAGAACUGUAUUGUUUCACAAAUGUAGAAAGUGUGUAACUAUAAUUAAAUUAUUUUCUAGGGAUGUAUAUACAUUGGAAUCAACAUUGUUGUACGUAGAGAAACAAAAGAACACAAAAAACCUGUUUUUAGGAGGAAUUUUUUGGAACCUUUGUUUUUGAUAGCUUUGUUUCAAUGUAAAUAGACAUGRGCUUAAACAUGGUAGGGGGACUGAGUCCUUCCAUCUGGAUGCACAUUUGUGGCUCUGCUUGCCUCACUGCAAUACCCACAGACUUUUGAUUCUCAUGCUUUUUUGUAGUACAUCAUUGUAAUAACUAACUGUGUAUGCAUUUCUAAUGUGGAUCUGUACAUUUGUAUAUUAUACUACUGACGGUUCAAACAGCACAAUGUUAAAGGUCUUGUGACACUAGAAUGAAUGUGGGGGGGAAAAAAAGCUAAAACUGGACAAACUUAGAACAGCCAGAAAGGAAAUYGAAAGGGAAAGGAAGGAGAGAGAAAAUUAGGGAGAUUCAUUAAAUUUAGCGAUAUAUUUCUGUUUGAGAAUAUAUCAUUUUGCAUCUUGAUAGAUGUUUGUUGUAUUCUGGAUCUUUGUAAAAAAAAAUCCUUCUGUGGCUGUUUUUGCAGAAAAACAUGUUUUGCUUUUGAUACAAAUGUUCCUAUUUUCUAAUUAUGGGAUCCCUUUAUCUAAAUGGCCAUAAUUCCAGACGUGUGUUCAGCAAAGCAUCGCUUUUUCACUCCCACUCCUAAACUGCUGCGUCUUUUAAAGAUUGCUGUGAUGUAUUACUAAUAAUAAUGAAUGGCUGCACUGAAAAGACAGCACUGCUAAUGCUUUAUGUAAGCCCCAAAGAACAAAAAUAAAUCAGUUUUUCACCCAGUAAUUGAAGUGCCUUGCAAAAGAAUUCAGAUCCCAUGAACCUUUUCACAUUUUGUCCUGUUACAACCACAGACUUCAGUGUAUUUUAGUGGGACUUUAUGGGACAGAGCAACAGAAAGUUGUGAAGUGAAAGGAAAUGAUGCUAGGUUUUAGCACUUUACAAGUAAAAAWCCUUUAAGAAGUGCUGCAUGGAUUUUCUGCUGAGUACUUGUAGAUCUACAUUUAGUUGUAGUUAUGGCUGCAUCAAUCAAAUUCUUUGGGGUAUAUCUUUACCAGUCUUGCUCUUUUGGAAACUAAAAUUGCUGCUCAUUACUCUUUGCAAUGCAGCUCAAACUGAGUCAGACUGAAUGGGUGUCAUCAUCAGUAAACUKCAAUUGUCAAGUAAACUGCAAUUGACUGUCAUUGUAGCUCUAGCUAUAUGUUUAGUGUUGCUGUCUGCUUGAGGAUUAAGCUCAAACUAAGCCUGAAAUGUUUUGAAGCCUCUAACAAGUUUUUAUUCAAGAUUCCCCUGAAAUCACCUGCAUUCAUCUUCCCAUUAAAUUGACUAGCUUUCCCCAAYAGUGCUUACUUUUACUUAAGAUAAGUAACAGCUGGAUAAGUAACAGUUAUCUCCUCAAAAGAUCCUUGGACCCGAGCAACAUAUAUCUGGAGCUCUUCCACUGUCACUAAUAGCUUCUUUGAAAAGGGCUAAAGUUACUAAUCAUAACACUGAAUUUUCACUGUCAUUUUAAAAUGACUGGGCGUAUGUGUAUGCCACACUUUUCAGAUUUUUAUUUUCAAAGGGGACCUAUUAUGCAAARUUCACAUGUUUUUGUGCUUAUAUCUGAGUCAAAAUGCUUAAAAAAAAAAA